AAAACGGCGAUCAUAACAUCUCCUAACUGUCACCAUCCUUCUACCCUCGUCCGUACUUUGCCAUAGUAAGCUUAUCCAUAACAGCAGCGAGAAUGCAACCAAAUGACCCGGCAAUCCCUGGAGCCUUAGAAGAAAAUAUUCCUCAGUGCCCGCUCCUUGAAAAAUCGGAGAGGGCUGAACACCACUACUUGCGACGUUGGUUGAUAUGGGCCAAGACUCCCGCACAAGGAUAUAAUGACCCAGUGCAAGGAUGGGGUGCACCAUCCGAGCAAUACACUUGGCAAGCAUAUGACCCAUCAUCUGUUCAGCCUGCACCACCCCGCGAGGAUAUCGAUAAUUACUUUUAUCUCAACAUCCGGUAUAGUAACCGAGAUGCGGAACCUGAAGUAGUUUUCAGUCAUUUCAGCAGCACCUUAAUUGACUUCCUGCGCAUGGCUAUUGGCGAUGAAUUUUUCGACCAAAAUCCGGACUCGCCUCUCACUCACUUUGUUUUCAAACUCGAUGAGCUCAAGGCCCACCAUUUGAACGCACGUUUGGCUUUGUCAAAUCUCUCAGGGGAGGAGUUGAAGAUAAAAGCACAUGAUCUUGGCCGCUUGGACUCAUUGACCCCACAAAAAACCGUACAAGAUGCCCAGCAGUACCUCGAGGAUCUCGUUAAUCAUCUGGAUAUUCUCAUACCUGUGGUCGAGAAAGAGUUCGAGCCCAUAUCCGAGCGCCUGAAACUAGAACUAUCUUAUGGCCACAUUUCGUUCGAUCUUCUUUUGUACUACUUCAAGAAAGGAGAGAAAUACUAUUACGAGUCUUUCGGUGAUAAGCUGGCCUUCGUGCUACAGGACUCAAGCAAGGACUCGUCUUCUGGUAUCCUUCUCAUCAAUGGCCGUGGUAGGAUGUGGGAUGGCUAUAGAUAUAUCCACGAGAUGAGAUCCGUUAGCAUUUAUCGUUACCCUGGGACAAAGGCCUUAUCUGAUCUUCCGUGCAAAAUCAUGCAAGAUGAUGUACACAACGAACUGACUGAGCGCGGUGGAUUGUAUGCUGCUGUGGCGGGUAUUCACUUCAAGUCAUAUGAUGGCCGCCGUGUGGUCAUUGAUCAAAUUGGCGAUUGCAGCAGAGAGCCGGAGCCUCUACGUGGUUAUGAUGAUGUCCCUCCGCAUUCAAAUACAACUCCACCUGAUUGUAACGACGCAUAUUUUUCUCGUCCUGGUUCUCCUUACGCUGACAAUACACAACAGGAAUUUUUAGAGCUCCCAGAAGACCAACUGUAUCUUUUACCAGUGAAGGUAAAAGGUUUCGAUAUGCGUCGCAAGUCUUGGGAGAUGUUAGACGUUCGUAAACUCGAGGAGAUCCAUUUUGAUGAACAUGCUUGGGACCAUCUCGUUCUUAAUAAAGCAACAAAGGCUCUUAUCAAAGGGCUCGUCGAUGUCACAAAGACGACCAAUACAUCCAAGAAGGUGUUCUCUGACGUCAUCACUGGGAAAGGUGGAGGAUUGAUUGCGCUUCUGCAUGGUCCGCCUGGGACAGGCAAAACCCUCACCGCGGAGGCUGUGGCCGAACACCUGAAACGACCACUCUAUGUUCUCAGUUCACUUGAGCUUUCAACUACACCCGCUAAAUUGGAGAAAAACCUGGGUGAUAUUCUGAGGCUUGCAACGACAUGGGAUGCAGUCGUCCUCAUUGAUGAAGCCGAUGUGUUUCUGGAGCAAAGGAGUCUUCAUGAGUUGGAGCGGAACGCGCUCGUUUCUGUUGCCCUUCGGGUCCUCGAGUACCAUCGCGGUGUCCUUUUCUUGACCACCAAUCGUAUCCAGGCCUUUGACGAAGCCUUCCUAUCCCGGUUUUCCAUUGCCGUGAAGUACCCAGAGCUAGAUGUUGACGCCCGUUUAACCAUCUGGCGCAAGUUUUUUGAGCUUGCUGGGUGCGAACUGUGGGGAGGCAGUGGACAGCCCGAAGAUGGACGGCGGAGCCCGGACGAGUUUGUCAAACUUGAAGGACGAGAGCCGCAAUGCUAUGUUUCGCUUGCUGACCUGAGGGAACUGGCUGCAAAGCCUUUCAACGGCCGCACUAUCAAGAACCUUGUGCGGACCGCGCAAGCGUUAGCCAUGUCCUCGGACGAACCGCUUUCCCUUGAACACGUCAGGGUCGUGGUUGAAGCGCAGGAGAAGUUCCUGACCGAGUUUGCUAACAUGGGAUUAUGACCGAUAUGACUGCGGAUAUUUGGUUAUCGUGUAACAAUUAAACACGUUGUUUUGUACGUGAUAUUUUUGACCCUAUCAUUCAGAUUUAAACGAGCAUAGCAUCGAGUUUCAUGGUGGCUGUCCAAGGAAAUUGUACGA